AUGGAGAAGGAAUCAACACCGCCUAAUCCAAGAGCUCAUCUGAAGAAGCCUCCAUGGCAGAUCGCUCUCACCUUUUUCACCAAGAACUUCGUACUUUUACUGCUACUACUGCUUUUGUCUGAGACGAUUCUGCGAUUGCUAUUUGGGAACGAAGGCAUUUAUUCUAUAGGGAUCGAUAGACGGACUGCUGAGGAAACCAAGUCCUUCUUCCAGACGACUACCAAGCUGAUGCAGGUUCAGAUUGAAGCUGCAGACAGAAAAAUCGAGAAAGAGAUUGAAGAUUUAAGAAACGAAUUGAGCGAGAGAGUAGAUGAUUUUGAUUUCGUAUACAGGACCAAAUUGCGUGAUUUGGGAGAAGUGGUUCAAAAUGGAUUUAACUUCAAGAAGAGGAAAGAUGAAGGGUUUGAUGGCGAUAUGAGGCUGGAUGAAAUGAAGGGUUAUGUGAAGGAGAUGAUCGAGAAAGCAAUCGACAAGCAUGCUGCUGAUGGACUUGGUACUAUUGACUAUGCUGUUGCUUCUGGUGGAGGAAUGGUGGUGAAACACUCUGAACGCUACAAUUUGCAAAAUGGGAUUCAUCUGUUUGCUCUGAAGAUUCUGCAACCUAGUUUUGGUGAACCUGGUCAAUGUUUUCCUCUAAAAGGUAACAAUGGUUAUGUUGAGAUCAAGUUGAGUCAGACCAUUAUCCCAGAGGCGAUAACUCUUGAACAUGUUGCAAAGAGUGUGGCAUACGACAGAUCUAUGGCUCCAAAGAACUGUAGAGUGUUUGGAUGGUUGCAUCCUGAUUCAAAGAAGAUGGUUUUGCUAAGAGAGUUCACAUAUGAUCUUGAAAAAAGAAAUGUACAAAGUUUCAAUGUUUGGGAGAAGGGAUAUGCUGUGAACAUGAUGAGAUUUGAGUUCACAUCAAACCAUGGAGACUCCACUCACACUUGCAUAUAUCGCUUCAGGGUUCAUGGUCAUGAGCCUGAUUCUCUCUCAUCCUUGAUGCCUCAAUAAGUCAACUGAUUCAAAUGGAGCAGCGAUUAUAUUGCUAUAAGAUAAUAUGCCAUUGGUUGUUGUAAGAUAGACUUUUUUUUUCUGUAAAAAGAUGAACAUUUGCAAUAUAAAGGUCAUUAGCAGAACUCUUCAUACAUUAC